UAGAUAUCUUAGUAGAUGCAGCUGGUCAAAACAGUGUCAAGACAAAAUUAUAUGACUGCUAAUUGUUGUCCAUCUGACCAGCGACAAGAACAACCAGGACGGGUAAGUACUCUAGUCUACUGCUGCAUGUUACUCUCUAAAACACUCCUGCUUCACUUCUGUAUAUAGUCUAAACUCAAUGAACGCUCCGUCAAGCAUUCUAGACGCAAUGCUGCCUCAAAUAACCUCACUCUUUCCCGGCUCAACUGUCCACACACGCUUGCUCCUCGUCCAUGGCUCAGUCCAUGGCGUCAAUCAAGGAACACUGCACAUCACGCCUCAAGGCAGUCCAUCACUGCAAGUAUCCAUCGUCUCAAGCACAUUCAAAGCCUUGAUACCACUACAAUCAGGCGACAAUGUCAUCCAUCUUGCCUACGAGUCACAUCGCAGCGAAUACCCCGUCCGCUAUGCACCACUCUCAACACCACCCCUCAAGCUUGUCAUUAUCGCAGGCAAAGACUCACCGCUGCUGUAUGACGAUGUGCCGAACCCGAGAGAACCCAAUACGGUCGAGACGGCUAUUAAGAAGCUCAGACUUGCAGGCUACUUGUGGUCUGCCUAUACAGCCAAUGAGUCCUUCAAUGCAGGCUUUGGACAUCGUACUUUUGGACUCGAUGAGGCAGUGACACAAGACUCACUGUCGCGGCACUCUUCAACCGUACAAAACACUGCGCAUGUUCGCGUCCUGCGCAGUAAUUACACCGUCGCUGAAAUCAGAGACCCUCAACGCGCACAGCAAAAUAAAGAAGCUGGUGCUGCAGGCAGUUUAUUUGAUAUUGCCCUACAAACGCUCGCUGCACAUCCAGACACCAACGGGCCUCGCGAGUAUAUCGCAGCAUUGAUACUUGAUGCGCAUUAUGAUACCACCACAAAGCUGAUUGUGGGGCAUGCGGCACUCGGUGGCGGCACCCCCCAGGUAUCUCUCGCGAUAUUCGGCAGUCAUUCACUCUUUGCGUGGCCAUCAUGCCUUGAAGAUAUUGAGCGAUGUUUUACGGAUACGCGCGAGGUGGAUACGCGGUAUUGUGGUAUCGAUGCAGAAGGCAAGCGUUACUACUCUGCGUGUAAUGUUGGCAUUGGCGCCAUGAUGCAUGAGUGUGGGCAUCUCUUUGGUUGUCCGCAUCAAGCGUCCGGUGUCAUGCUGCGUGAUUACCCGCGUCUCCAUCGUUCCAUCACAGCAAUGGAACCAGCCCUGGCACAACAAGAAGUAGGCGAUGGCUUGUGUCACUGGCAUCUACUGGAUUUACUCAGAUUCGCAACUCAUCCAUCCUUCAAGCUACCAGAGGAUGAUACGCUACAAGGAGACAUGACAGCCAUGCCGUGUCCUGCAGGCUUGUACGUUGAAGCACAAGAUGGUCUGCGCUUCAUUGAAAUUUACGCAGGAGGCGAAUUUCCAGCUGGUCAAAUGCUGUUUGAGCAUUCAAAGCACAACAAGCACAUACGCACACAACAGCUCAUCCUGUCUGAAGAGCAAUGCCGACAACACGUCAACGCAACCCCUGGUAAACUCAAAAUCUCCCUCUUUUCACGCACAAACCAUAACACAGUGAUUGAAGAUCUCGCUGCUGCCCUGCACCCUGAGCAUAUUGCCGGGAUCGGUGAUAUUUACAAGUCAAGCGCAUUAGGCUACUACCCUGGCGAAGACAGUCAAGUCCUCCUCGAUGCACCUGUCAGCAAAAUCGUCAUUUUCGCCGGUGCGAGUCUCGAUGGGAUGGAAUGCCACAUGGCCGGUUCACGUCCAUCCCUCCAACUCUUUGGCAAACGCGGCGGCGCACGGCAUGUCUUUGAAUUUGUGCCCGGUGAGGUUAUCACUGGCUUUCACGUUCGAUCAGGCGCAUGGGUCGAUGGUCUCGCCAUUACUACCAAUCAUCGACAACUCCCCAUGUGUGGCAAUUUGAAUGGUGGCAGUCUGCAUACCCUACGUGCACCACCGGGCAUGCGCUGUUGUGGUGUUUUUGGGAAAGUACAAGAUUGGACAACACAGUUUGGGAUGCUCUAUACAACAACGUGAAUGGGUGCCUGCUGUAUUUUGUGUGGAUCUUGCGUUUGGCAGCAUCACGCUGAAACAAGGCGCAAAUCGGUUCAGGGGAUUGCAGCUGGAGAGGAAGAUUCAAAUUCAUUCUUAUCUUCAUGUACAGUAGUAUGAGAGAGUAAUGAUGUUUUAAUUGACAGG